CCUGGCUGCCAGGUGAUGUAAACAUUCCCGCAGCCGAAAGAACUCGCGUCAAACCUCUCUCUGAAACUCUACAAAACCCUAACAAAUAUGAAACCCCAAAACUAAAUUUCCUCUAUGGCUUUUAAUCAUCCUUCAAUCAUUCAAUUUCUUCACGACCAAAAUCCUAGCGAUUGACACCCACGUUCCCAUGGAAGCGCGUCGCCCCUCUCGAGCCGUCAUCGACCCCAAGGUCCGCCACGUCGGCUUUUUCGCCCCCGUCGCCAACCUCCUACCGGGCCAGAAUUCCACGUCGCUCUCCGGCUCUCCAGCCGGGAAUUCUCUCUCUCCGGUGAUGAUUCCCCCUCCACGUCACCCUUCGGACCGCACGCCUGCCGUGCCGGUACCGGACACCGGGCUACGGCGCCAGGGUAGUGACCACGUGCCCGUUGGGAGCUACAACCCGUCCGAGUCUCUGCUGAGCUCUUCGCCGGCGCCCUCGUCGCCCUCGGGUAGGGUUGGGCUGGGCGACGGAGAGUUCUCCGAGGAGUCCGACGGGUGGUACAGGUACCGACGUAGCGGGUCGGGCAAGUUCGAUCUGACUCUUCCCGAUACGACUCUGGAGAAGGCUCCGGAUAAUCCGGGGAAAAGUUCUGCCGCGCCGGUGUUGGAAUCGAAGAAGCCUGUCCACGUGCCCGAAAAGAGUGGAAAAGCUGUUGUGGAAAGGCAAAAUGAACUGCAGUCUAGUUUGAAGCCGCUGAAAGAAAAAACAACCAAAGCUGAAAGGCGUGCCUUGCAGGAAGCCCAAAGAGCUGCAAAAGCUGCUGCAAAAGGAGAGGGUAACAAAUCUGCUGCUGUAUCUGGAGGAGCAGCUACAAGUAAACCUGUGAAGCAGCCUUCAAUAAAGAAAGAUGGUCCUCCAGUUUCAUUGUCAAUUGCAGCUUCUGACAAAAAAGGCGGUGACCGUCCACCCGAGAAAGACAGGAAGAAAGAUGUUCCUCCUCCACGGAUGCAAUUUGAUGAUAAGAGCCGAGUGGAGAAGGCUAAAAGACGUGCAGUUGUCAAUCAAACUGAAGCUAGAAACAGAGUUGAAUUGUUUCGGCAUUUGCCUCAAUAUGAACAUGGAAGUCAGCUUCCUGAUCUAGAGUCCAAAUUUUUCCAACUUGAUCCUGUGCAUCCUGCUGUAUACAAGGUUGGAUUACAAUAUUUAGCUGGAGAUAUAACUGGGGGUAAUGCUCGUUGUAUUGCGAUGCUUCGAGCUUUCAGGGAAGCCAUAGAAGACUAUUCCAUGCCACCAGAAAAAAAUCUUGCGAGAGAUUUGACUGCAAAAAUCAGUAGUUAUGUAUCAUUCUUUACUGAAUGCAGACCACUUUCUAUCAGCAUGGGGAAUGCGAUUAGGUUUGUAAAGAGCCGUAUAGCAAAGUUGCCACUAAAUCUUUCUGAAUCAGAAGCGAAAGCUACACUUUGUUCAGAUAUUGAGCGUUUCAUAAGUGAGAAGAUAAUACUUGCGGACAAUGUCAUAAUUAGACAUGCCGUCACAAAGAUUAGGGAUGGAGAUGUUCUUCUCACUUAUGGAUCAUCAUGUGUUGUUGAGAUGUUUCUGUUAUAUGCCCAUGAGAUGGGGAAACAGUUCCGUGUUGUGGUAGUAGACUCGCGUCCAAAGCUUGAGGGCCAAGCAUUACUUCGUAGGCUAGUGGCAAAUGGCCUGAGUUGUACAUACAGUCAUAUAAAUGCCAUUUCUUAUAUUAUGCAUGAAGUUACACGAGUUUUUCUUGGGGCUGCCUCUGUAUUGUCAAAUGGAACUGUAUAUUCAAGGGUUGGGACUGCAUCUGUUGCAAUGGUUGCUCAUGCUUUCCGUGUUCCAGUUAUAAUCUGCUGUGAAGCCUAUAAGUUUCAUGAAAGGGUACAGCUUGAUUCUAUCUGCUCUAACGAACUAGGUGAUCCUGAUGCUAUUGCAAAAGUUCCUGGAAGAAUGGAUGUGAAUUAUCUGAAUAAUUGGACCAAUAAGGAAAAUCUACAAGUUCUAAAUUUAAUGUAUGAUGCUACUCCUUCAGAUUAUAUCUCCAUGAUUAUCACAGAUUAUGGCAUGAUCCCAACCACUAGUGUGCCUGUCAUUGUGCGUGAGUAUCGAAGGGAGCACUUGUUCGUAUAGAAAAGUCUGCAUGGGCGACAUUGUUGGAUGAAUAAAGGUCUUCAGUUUUUGUAGUUGCCCUUAGAAAUGAUACUUGAAAUUUUUUCGACACCUAGGAAUAUAUCUUAUCAUUCUUUACUUUUAAAUAAUAAUGUUGUGUCUUACCAAUCUUGAUGGUAUUUGGAUUUUAUUUGGUAAACAUGACGCAGUGAAGAGUGCACAAUUUUGCCUCUCCUGAAAGUGUAAUCUAAAAUAUUUAGUUGUAUAUGUUUGCCUUUUGGUUUGCAAGUUUUCCACAUGGAAGCUGAUCAAUUGAUAGUAAAUUUUUGUUCUCCAAA